AUGCCGAUGCUCGAAGAUAUCAGCUACUCGCGCGAGGCGUGCAUCGUUGCGGUCCGCGAGUACUACCACUUUCUUACCCAAAUGUACAUGGAAGAAAGCGUCGUUAUUGAACCGCCCAAAGGAGGCUGGCCCUAUGUCACCCCUGACUCCAUGCGAGAUGUCAACAAGACAGACGAAGUAAUAGCCCUUCUCAAGCAUCUCCCUUAUAUUCUCGGGCCCGGAAGCAGCUUCGAGAACCCCCAAGGAGCCCCAUGGUGUGUCUUCUCCGACUGGCAGGGCGACUUGGAACACGUAUCUCGAGGUACCAGCACCGGGGAAACACUCAAGCUUUGCUCUGAAGGCGCCUGCAUCACUGACGAAGUACCGGCUCACGUUAUUGGUUUAACGACUGGUGGAAGAGACAAUGCGAAUUUCUUGCUUGACACAGAGUUGGGUGUCGUCUACUGGAUCGAAUGCCCCAACGAGAUCACGAACAAUGCUUCGCGCGAGGGAAUCCAAGAAGAUCCAUACGACUACGCGGCUGAAAACGAGGCUCAGUGGAGGGCUGAAUCGGGGUGCUGGGCUAUUGUUGAUUUUUUCGAGGUGCUGAAAGACCAAUUUCGACAGCUUUCUUUCAUUCCCGUCACUCCGAAGCUAGUGAUCGAUAUCUACGCGACGCUAGGGCAUAGAGAAGAGGGGCUUGUAGUCACGAUACAGAAGAUCUAUCGUGAGCAUGGUUGGCCGGAUCUGGCGCGCUAUCGGAAGAUUGAUUGUCUCGCCGCUGUACAAGCAGCCCUGCAAGAGCACUAUCCCCACUGGAUCUAUUAG